AUGAGUGCAUCGAUAGAUAUUCCUACAUCGGAGGCUCCACCGAGUUAUAAUCAUGUAUUUGGUAAUAUUCAAUAUAGAUAUGGUGAUGGAUCUCCCAUUCAUUAUUUUGAAAGAGCUCUUGGUGAAGAUGCAGAAAGUGAAAUUAGUUUAGAGAGUAGUAGUCCUCAUGCUGUUGGGCCUGAUAUCCAAAGGUAUACAACGACUGUCUCCAGUUCAAUACCGUUUCAAUUACCGUAUAAUGAUGAGAACCAUGAUAAUAAUACGAUAAAUAUGAAUGGUACAUCUAGACGUGGAAGUACGAACACCACUGGUCAAGCUUCUGUUUGUUCUACGUGGUUAGAAUCCAUGGGCCAUAGUUUUCCUGAUAAUAUGACACGUAUUGAAUCCAAUGAAAUAGUAUCUCCACUUGUUGCAUCUGUAGAGUCUCGUUUUCAAAUUCCAUUAACAAAAUUACAUGAUAGUCAUAGGAAACAAUUGGCAACAAAGGCAAGAAGGUCUUAUUCUAUGUCUUCUUCCUCUGGUAAUCAUCACAAUAGUCGAACAUUUAAAAACUUAUUGUUUCAUAGACGAGAAAGUCAUGCGACUAUACUCGAAGGGAAACAAUAUGAUGGUGAAGAACAUGAUGAAGAAGCAACACCGAAUAAUAAUAAAUUAUCAUUUGAUGAAAAAUAUGUAUAUACUGGGAAUGUACUAGGGGAAGGUUCUGGCGGAUCUGUGAAAGUUGUUAAACGAAGAAAAGAUAAUGCAAUGUUUGCUGUAAAAGCUUUCCAUCCAUAUGAGGAUACAUUAACAAAAGGUCACGAAGAAGAAGAAAGUUAUACCGUUCAAUCAUACUUAAAAAAGAUUAAAGCAGAAUAUUGUAUUAGUUCAAUCCUUAAACAUCCAAAUAUUAUUUCUACUAUAGAAAUCAUUGAACAGGAUGAACAUACACUUUUACAAGUAAUGGAAUACGUUCAAUAUGAUCUUUUUGCAAUUGUAAUGAGUGAACAAUUGCAUUAUUCUGAAGCAUGUUGUUAUUUUUGGCAAUUAUUACAAGGUGUUCAAUAUUUACAUAAUAUUGGUCUUGCACAUCGAGAUUUAAAACUUGAUAAUUUAGUUGUUGAUAAGCAUGGACAAUUAAAAAUAAUUGAUUUUGGAGCAGCUGUGGUUUAUAAAUCACCAUAUACAGAUCAUUCAGUUGAAAAUAAUAAUGAAAUCACAAUGGCUAAAGGUAUAGUUGGUAGUGAUCCAUAUUUACCACCUGAAUUAUAUAUCUUUGAAACUUAUGAUCCAAGAGCAAUUGAUAUUUGGGCCAUUGGAAUUAUUUUUAUAUGUAUGAUCUUACGUAGUUUCCCAUGGAGAUAUCCACGUUUAAAAGAUUUAGGGUUUCGUAGAUUUUGUCUUUGUCGUCGAGGUGCAAAUACAUUAAAUGAAUUGGUUACAAGAGAUAAAACAAUUCCUGAAGAUGAUAUGAUAAUUCAAUAUGAGGAUGAAACUACAAGAAUCAUGGAGACCGAUGAGAAUGACAAUGACGAUAAUCACAUUAUUGGACCAAUGCGUCUAUUAGCGCCAUUACCUGAAGAGACUCAACAUGUACUAUUACGAAUUUUAGAUCCAUCACCAAUUCGUCGUCCAUCAAUUGAAAUGAUAUUAUCGGAUGAUUGGGUCCGUUCAAUUGAUUAUUGCCAAGAUAAUUUACACCAUGGUAAAGAUCAUGAACAUACAAGACUCGAUCCAACAAAAGCUCAUAUUGCCAAUUUACGUCCAAGUUCCGAUUAA